AUGCCGAAAAGGCGAAAAGAGGAUAUAGAACGUGAUUUACAAAGAUAUUAUAGAAAAAUCAGGAAACUAGAAGAAAAACAACGUAGCCGCUGUCCGACAACCCCAUCGGAAUGCGACAGUUUUGUCGAAACUCAAGAUGACGAAAUAAUAGAAGUGAGGGGGGGGACACCACAGUCUCCAGAAGCAGCCGCAGAAACGAAUACUGUCGAAUUACCUCACCAUCAUGGUGAUACUGUAACUUGUAAUGAGGUAGGACCCAACACUACUGAGGUUGCCGAAACGACAGAGCAGCACAUGCCUUGCAAUGUGGAUAAGGAGGCAGAGGUAUUAGAUCCUGAGGUGCUCCUCAUUUUGGGCGACCCAAUUGUGGAAAAGCAAAAAUUUGGCCCAGAUAUAAGUGACAACUUGGCAUCACGCUGGACACCUAUUCUUAGGAAAGGCCUCAACAAAGUAAAACAAAGCUGUACCAAAUUCCAGCAAACUGUGAACUGCUCCUAG